AUGUCGGACAUCAAUCUCGGAGGCGGCGAGACCGUCGCCCCACCCCCCGCGGUGCGGGUGGUGCUGGCGGAGCUGUGGGUGCUGGCGGUCCUGUUAGUGCCGGUACUGGCGGUGCUGGUGCUGGUUCUAGCUGUCUUGGUGUCGCUGAUGCGGGUGCGAACGCGUCUGGUGGUGGGGCGAACCCGCAGGACCUAGUACUAGCCUCUUUCGGCCGCUACAGGGGUUUCCAGGCGGGGGCAUCGGAUUCCCAAAAGAAGUCGUUCAGUUCAUACAAGGUCACAACGUCUCACUCUCGUCCCAGUUUGGUUGCGGCCUACGCGGACUCGCCGGUCACAGUCUCGUCAGAGCUGUUUGACAUCGCGUCCAACGCGGCGACCAGAAGCGAUACCAUUGAGUCUGUUCACACCUGGAGCCAGCAUCAAGUCUCGGCAUCGUUUGCGGAUCGACGUUCUUAGACCACCCACCCAUUCGUCCCAGCCACGAAUUCAACUCGGAUGCCUGCACUCGUUCCUCGUCGGGAGCCUUGUUUCACAAAUUUUCCAAUCGCCAGUGAGUUUAUUCGCAAUCCGCGCACCUUUGAUACGGCCAUGUUCGGCUUUACUUCCAUCACACAGCCAUGUUCGACUCUACUUCUAUUGUACGGCCACGUUCGGCUCUAUUUCAUAUGGCCACAUUCGGCUUUAUUUCGUAUGGCCAUGUUCAGCUGUACUCCUUAUGGCCAUGUUCGGCUUUACUUUAUGGCCACGUUCGGCUUUACUCCUUAUGGCCAUGUUCGGCUUUACUCCUUAUGGCCAUGUUCGGCUUUACCUCUAUGAUAUAGCCAUGUUCGGCUUUAUUUUGUUUGGCCACGUUCGGCUUUAUUUCAUAUGGCCACAUUCGGCUUUAUUUCAUAUGGCCACAUUCGGCUUUAUUUCGUAUGGCCAUGUUCGGCUGUACUCCCUAUGGCCAUGUUCGGCUUUACUUCGUAUGGCCAUGUUCGGCUUUACUUCCGUCACACAGCCAUGUUCGGCUCUACUUCUAUCGUACAGCCAUAUUGGCUGUACCUCUAUCAUUUGGCCAUAUUGGCUUGACUUCUAUCGUCCGGCCAUGUUGGCUUUACUUCUAUCAUACGGCCGGAUCCGUCCUCGAAUGUGGUCGCUUUCUCAAAGCCCCUCUUUGGCCCCGUAUUUUUCGGUGCCUACGUUUUCCACGCAUCCAGUGUCACCCGCCCAGGUCUUAGCUGGGCAUUCCACACAGACACUUCUUUUUCGACCUAUCUACUACAGACCCUUUUCAACGGGACACUAGUUUCCUGUUCAUGCCUCUUCCCAGUCAGCGAGAGCCCCUAGGUCGGGGUUGGAUAAGCUCUCCGCUCUCCGUUCCAUCACAGUUUACGUGCGGCGUUGA